AUGGCGAUGAGAGUAGCGUUCCGGUGCCUUACUGCAAACUUUUCCCCAGUACUGAUUCAGCGUUCUCGACAUGUACAGAUAUCCGCAAGUCGGCUCUUAUGGAAGGCCAACACCGCACAGACACUGAGCACCGCCUCACUACUGUCCACAGCCCUCAAAUUCACAGACAAGCAUGAGUGGGUACGAGUAGAGGGAGGAGUUGGCACAGUUGGCAUCAGCAAAUUUGCUCAGGAAGCAUUAGGUGAUGUGGUAUAUUGUGGACUCCCUGAGGUGGGGCAAAAACUUGAACAAAUGGAGGAGUUUGGUGCUUUGGAAAGUGUGAAGGCUGCUAGUGAGCUGUACUCUCCUCUGACUGGAGAGGUAACUGAAAUCAACACAGAGCUGGCAGACAACCCUGGACUAGUGAAUAAAUCCUGCUACGAAGGGGGCUGGCUAAUUAAGAUGACUAUUGACAACCCUGCAGAACUUGAUGACCUCAUGGACGAUGGCUCCUACGAGAAAUUUAUCAAAUCACUUGAUGAGUAGACUGCUCGGCUCUCCAUGUUCUUUUAAAAAAAAUG